AUGGCAACUCAAGUUACACCGUCUAAACAGGCGGCUGCAAGCCUCGAAUCGCUCAAAGUCAAGGACAGUCCCAUCAAGAAACUCAACUUUGACACGGAAAACAAGGAAAACAUGCCUGUCACCGUCGAAUCAGCCGAGUCCACUGCCGCACCCGCGUCUGAGAUGGAGAAGAAGCCCGUGCUAGAAGCCAAAGAGCAGAUUGAGCAACCUAAGGUCGCAAAGACCCCCAAAGAGCUUGAGAAGGAAGAGCCUCUUUUACAAGAGAACCCCCAUCGCUUUGUUCUCUUCCCUCUCAAGUACCACGAGAUCUGGAACAUGUACAAGCGUGCAGAGGCUAGCUUUUGGACAGCAGAAGAAGUCGACCUAUCGAAGGAUCUGCACGAUUGGCACAACCGACUGAACAACGAUGAACGCUACUUCGUCUCCCACGUGCUCGCUUUCUUUGCUGCAUCAGACGGCAUCGUCAACGAGAAUCUGCUGGAGCGUUUCAGUGCCGAAGUGCAGGUACCUGAGGCACGCUGCUUUUAUGGCUUUCAAGUCAUGAUGGAGAACAUCCACUCUGAGAUGUACUCACUCCUCAUCGACACAUACGUGAAGGACCCCAAAGAGAAGACAUACCUGUUCGAUGCUAUCGACACCAUCCCCUGCAUCCGCAAGAAGGCCGACUGGGCUCUGAGGUGGAUCUCCGACAAGGACUCCACGUUUGGUCAACGUCUGGUUGCUUUUGCAGCCGUCGAGGGUAUCUUCUUCUCCGGAUCGUUCGCUGCAAUCUUCUGGCUCAAGAGCAAGGGUCUGAUGCCGGGUCUUACCUUUUCGAAUGAACUCAUCUCUCGUGACGAGGGCAUGCACACCGAUUUUGCAUGCCUGCUCCUGCAGCAUCUCAACCACAAGCCCGAUCCAAAGCUUAUCGAGAACGUCAUCACCGAGGCAGUCGCUAUUGAGAAAGAGUUCUUGACUGAAGCGCUUCCUGUGGGUCUGCUGGGCAUGAACUCCAAGCUUAUGUGCCAGUACAUUGAGUUUGUCGCCGACCGUUUGCUGCUUGCCAUGGGCAACAAGCGAGUAUACAACGCUCAGAAUCCUUUCCCCUUUAUGGAAAACAUCUCACUAGCCGGCAAGACAAACUUCUUCGAGAAACGUGUCGGUGACUAUCAGAAGAGCGGUGUCAUGUCUUCGACCAGCAAGAAGUCCGAAGACAAGUCAUCAGCUUCAUCACCCAGUCAAGAGAAGACUGAGGAAGCCAGCAAUGGCAUCAGCUUUGACGAAGACUUCUAA